AUGAAAGAGAAGUCCCAACUUACCCGGCUUGCGGUUGUCUUACCGGAUAGAUGCAAACCAAAGUUGUGUCAACUAGAAUGUAAGCGAUCUUGUCCAGUAAAUAGGCAGGGAAAGCCUUGUAUUAGUGUAGAUAAGACCAGUACUACCUCCUCUAUCUCUGAAACACUUUGUAUCGGUUGUGGUGCCUGUCAAAAACAAUGUCCAUUUGGGGCAAUCAAAAUUAUCAAUUUACCAACUAGUUUAUCAAAAGAUAUUAUUCAUCGUUAUGGGCCUAAUGGGUUUAAAUUGCACCGAUUACCUGUACCUAGACCAGGAAAGGUCUUAGGACUAAUUGGUACGAAUGGAAUUGGGAAGAGUACAGCCCUAGGUAUUCUGGCUGGCCACUUUCUACCUAACUUAGGGAAGUGGUCAGAAGAACCGAGUUAUAAUGCCCUAAUUACCAAGUACCGAGGAUCAGAGUUACAGACGUACUUUAAGAAGUUAAUGGAGGGUAAGUUAGUGGUGGCGCAUAAGACUCAGUAUGUAGAUCAGAUCCCACGAUCAUUAAAGGAAGAGACAGUAGCCGAUUUAAUGUCGGCCUCUGGAGCUGAAACGGCUUACUACUACCGGGAAUUAGAGUUAGAGAAGUUAAAAGACCGACGAGUUAAAGAUCUAAGUGGGGGUGAGUUACAACGACUGGCUAUUGCUGUUACAGCUCUUAAACCAGCAGAUGUUUACAUUUUUGAUGAACCGACUUCGUACUUGGAUGUCCGACAAAGAAUUAAAGCAGCGAGUGUGAUUAGAGGUCUUUGUCGGGCUAAUAAUUAUGUUAUUGUUGUUGAACAUGACUUAUCUAUUUUAGAUUUAAUGAGUGAUUUUGGAUGUGUAUUGUACGGAUCGGCUGGGGCUUAUGGGGUUAUUUCUCAUCCCUUUACGAUUAGGGAGGCUAUUAACAUCUUCUUGAGUGGAGUCUUACCCACUGAGAAUAUGCGGUUUAGACCGGAGGGACUGACCUUUAAAGUUAGUGAGGCUAAUGAUGGGAGUGCUGCAGCUCUAGUGAGUCCGAGUAAUACUGAGCCGGUUGUAGGUAGUUUAGGAAUUACUACGUACCCGGCUUUAUGUAAGACUUGGGCUAAUGGUGGGUUUAAGUUAGUGGUGGAAGCGGGUUCAUUUGCUGCUCCUGAGAUUAUUGUCCUGGUGGGUGAGAACGGAAUGGGGAAGACUACUUUUAUCAAACUAAUUGCUGGGGAGAUAGCAUCUGAGUGUGGAGCUAAAGUCCCGGAAUUAUCUCUGAGUGUAAAACCCCAGAAGAUAGCCCCUAAGUAUACGGGUACAGUUCGGUCAUUGUUUUUAGCCAAAGCCAAGCACGUCUUGGUAGAUACACUUUUUACAAUUGAAGUAAUGACUCCCUUAGGAAUUCCGACUUUAUUUGAGAAGAAAGUAUCUGAACUGAGUGGUGGGGAGUUGCAAAGACUAGCUAUUACUCUUUGUUUAGCCAAGCCGGCUUCUCUUUAUUUGAUUGAUGAACCAUCGGCCUAUUUGGACUCGGACCAGCGAAUUAUAGUUGCCAAAGCGAUCAAACGGUUUGUGACGGGGCAAAAGCGAGUGGCAAUGAUAGUUGAGCACGAUAUGAUUAUGGCAACAUACAUGGCCGAUCGAGUGAUGGUAUUUGAAGGCACGCCCGGAGUGGAAAGUCGGGCUAAUUCUCCAGGCGGAGUAGUAGCGGGCAUGAACAAGUUCUUGAAGUCCUUGGAUGUCACCUUCCGACGAGAUGCCGAGAACUUCCGGCCACGGAUCAACAUGCCUAACUCCGCCAAAGAUAGAGAACAAAAAGAAGCCAACAACUAUUUUGCCACAUAA